GGGAAAAGGAAGUCGGGGGUUCGGGAGCGGGAUCUACUGCGCCUUCGGCCGGGGAAUUCAGCGCCGCUGCGCCUCGGUCCGUACGACUGCGUCAGAACUAGGAGAGGGAGGGGAGGAGCCGAGCGGAGCCCAGCCUCAGUUUCCUCCUGAUCUUACGCCUAACUUGAGGGCUGCCGGGAGAGCGCCUUCUGCAGUGGUUCCCCUCCCGGCUGGUGGAGCCUCUCGUUUGGGAGCAAGGAGAAGGCUCAAGGUCCGGCCCGCGCCACCCAAAGAAAGCACCUUACGUCUGGUGAUACAAGUGGGACCUCUGUCAUGCCGAACUCGCGGACCAGACCUAUCCGGGGUGCAGAAGCAGCCGGCCGAGAUGAGCUGGUGGCGCGCUCCUUGCAGAGCGCAGAGCACUGUCUGGGCACCCAGGACUUCGGCACCGCCUACGCCCAUUACCUCCUGGUGCUGAGCUUGGCGCCUGAGCUGAAAGAGGAAGUGAAGGAAACUUUUCAGUAUACGCUCUUCAGAUGGGCUGAAGAGCUUGAUGCUCUCAGUCGAAUUCAAGACUUAUUUGGUUGCUAUGAGCAGGCCUUGGAACUGUUUCCUGACGAUGAAGUGAUUUGCAAUAGUAUGGGGGAGCAUCUCUUCAGAAUGGGCUUUAGAGAUGAAGCAGCUGGUUAUUUUCAUAAAGCAGUGAAGCUCAACCCUGAUUUCAAUGAUGCAAAGGAGAAUUUUUAUCGUGUUGCAAAUUGGUUGGUGGAACGCUGGCACUUUAUUAUGCUUAAUGAUACCAAGAGGAAUACGAUUUAUAAUGCAGCAAUCCAAAAAGCAGUUUGUUCAGGGUCCCAAAGUGUUUUGGACAUUGGAGCAGGAACUGGAAUAUUAAGCAUGUUUGCUAAAAAAGCGGGAGCACGCUCAGUGUACGCCUGUGAGUUAUCCAAGACCAUGUAUGAACUUGCCUGUGAUGUGGUAGCCGCCAACAAGAUGGAAGCCGGGAUUAAACUCUUACACAUGAAGUCACUUGACAUAGAGAUUCCAAAACACAUUCCCGAAAGAGUGUCCCUAGUUGUAACAGAAACUGUCGAUGCAGGUUUAUUUGGAGAAGGAAUUGUGGAGAGUUUGAUUCAUGCUUGGGAGCAUUUACUUUUGCAGCCAAAGGCCAAAGGUAAAAAUGAUAAUUGUGGAAAGUAUGGGAAAGUUAUACCAGCGAGUGCUGUUGUAUUUGGCAUGGCAGUGGAAUGUGCAGAAAUAAGAAGACAUCAUAGAGUGGGUGUGAAAAACAUUGCUGGUAUCCAUUUGCCAACAAAUGUGAAAUUUCAGAGUCCAGCUUAUCCGUCUGUAGAUACUGAAGAAACAGUCGAACCUUACACUACUGAAAAGAUGAGUCGAGUUCCUGGAGGGUAUAAAGCUUUGACAGAGUGCUUUGAAAUUAUGACUGUGGAUUUCAACAGUCUUCAGGAAUUAAAAAGUCUUACAGCGAAAACACCUGAUAAGAUUGUUAUUCCUGUUAGUAACGAAGGCAUGCUAGAUGCUAUUGUGGUCUGGUUUGUGCUUCAACUUGAUGAUGAACACAGUUUAUCCACGAGUCCUAGUGAGGAAACGUGUUGGGAACAGGCUGUCUACCCUGUACUGGACCUUGCAGACUGCUGGAUAAAGCCUGGAGACCAUGUGAUGAUGGAAGUGUCUUGUCAAGAUUGUUACUUAAGAAUCCAGAAUAUCAAAGUUUUGGGUUUGGAACAGGAAAUGGAUGUUGCGCAAAGUUUUACUAGGAAUAAAGACUUGGCAUCUUUAGGAAAUGAGGCUGAACUCUGUAGUGCCUUGGCUAACCUUCAGACCAGUAAACCAGAUGCUAUAGAGCAGAUAUGUGUUUUGGAAUCCACAGAAAUUGCUUUGCUUAAUAAUAUCCCGUAUCAUGAAGGUUUUAAAAUGGCAAUGAAGAAAGUAUUGUCUUCACUGACCCCAGAGAAAGCGUCUCAGGCCAUGGAUACUCCUUGUCAGAAUAAUGAGAUGAGCUCUGGACCUGCACCGAAUAAUUCCGUCCUGAGCUCCUCUGAACCUUUCUAUGUGUUAGAUGUGUCUGAAGGCUUCUCCAUUCUGCCUAUAAUUGCCGGCACACUUGGAAAGGUUAAACCUUACAGUUCUGUGGAGAAAGACUCACAUCGUAUCAUUCUGGACCUCAUAUCUGAAGCCAAUCACUUUCCUAAAGAAACACUUGAGUUUUGGCUGAGACACGUGGAGGAUGAAUCUGCUGUGUUGCAAAGGCCAAAAUCAGAUAAGUUGUGGAGCAUAAUUAUAUUGGAUGUCAUUGAGCCAUCUGGGCUCAUUUAGCAGGAAAUAACGGAAAAAGCUGCGAUAUCCAGGUGUUUACUACAAUCAGGAGGCAAGAUCUUUCCUCAAUAUGUGCUGAUGUUUGGGUUGCUUGUGGAAUCAAAGACUCUGGUAGAAGAGAGUGCUGUUCAAGGAACAGAGCGUACUCUUGGAUUAAAUAUAGCACCUUUUAUUAACCAGUUUCAGGUACCUAUACGUGUAUUUCUGGACCUGUCUUCAUUGUCUUGUGUACCUUUAAGCAAGCCGGUGGAACUCUUAAGACUAGAUUUAAUGACUCCGUAUUUGAACACUUCCACCAGAGAAGUAAAGGUACCCAUUUGUAAAUCUGGACAAGUGACUGCUAUUCCAUUUUGGUAUCAUAUGUACCUUGAUGAAGAGAUUAUGUUGGAUACUUCAAGCGAAGCCUCCCACUGGAAGCAAGCUGCAGUGGUUUUAGACAAUCCCAUCCAUGUGGAUGUGGGAGAGGAGCUCAUACUCAGCGUUCAACACCACAAAAGCAAUGUCAGCAUCACAGUGAAGCAGUGAGGGUGUUUCUAAUAGAAACUAUCUAAGUAGAGCACCCAGCGCGGACUCCUUGACUAAACUGGUGGGGUCGUCAUCAUAAAACUGGUGUAUAACGAUUUAAUUCCUUGUAAUAGUCAAAUAUUUAAAAAAAAAAUUGCCAGUAGGCAUGUAUGUUCAGAAGAGAGAGGCUGAGGCAGGGGAGGGGGGAGAGGGAGUGAGAAAGCACUUCCCGUUAGGAACAGCCAUUCUGCAACCCUUCCUCCGCCAUUUCUCCCUCCUUUUCAGAAGCUUGUGCACACACGUAUAUACACCUGAUGCUUCUCUACUGGGUCCGAGUCUCGAUCCAUUCUCUUGGCCAUGUGAGAUCUAGGACCUUUACCCAGCAGGCCAUGAACUGGACCACAUCUAGUUCAGUUUUUACAGGCUUUUGAAAUAGGGAGGUUAAUACAGAAAAUCGUUAUCAGACCUUGUUUAUAGUACGUGCUGCUUAUAAGUGAUCCACAAAGAAAAGAUGUCCUGGUCCAGGUUGCUUAUUCUCUUUACCUCUAUUGUACUACCCAGCUUUCCUUUCCUUUUCUUCUUUUUCAGUAGACUAUAGAUAAUGAAAGGAUAUGUGAAACAAUUUAACAGGCCAAAAUCCUCACGUAU